UAGGCAGUUAUUUUUGCGUUUUGUCGAAAAAAUCGAUAUAAUGUCUUAUCCUGACGAUUUCCCGAUCCCUCAUGUUAUUCAGCCAGUUAAAGUGGUCCGGCACGUGGUGAAGGAAACACCUAUAAAAACUCCGUACUUAGAUGUUUGCCCAAAAUGUCAGACAACAAUAAUGACAUCAGUAACAACACAUAUCGGAAUGUGUUGGUGGCUUAUUUGCUUCUUCGGAACCUUUUUAUUCUGUUGGCCUAUUCUCAUUUGUCUGUGUUUUGAUGUAUCCAAGGAUGUCGAUCAUAAUUGUCCAAAUUGCGGAUUGUUACUUGCCACGUCGAAUCGAGCCGGUUUUUAAUUUUUAGAAACAGAAAUUUCCAGAAAUUUGUAAAACAUGUAUUUUUUUUUGUGACGGGCAAUGAAGAUUUUGAAUUUU